AUCAAGUCGAGGACCAACCCUCAACCUCAGUUCUCUACAUUCUUAGCUGGCGCCAUCUUGAAUGGGACUGCAGGCAUGUUCACAGGUGCCACCGAGUCGUUCGUGGUUACGGCGCCUAGUGUGCCUGAGGGCCAGGACCCGGCUAGUCUCUACUCCACAGCCAUCGCGAUCGGCAUUGAUUGGCAGUUCUGCUCAACCGGCGGCACCCUGAGUGGUAUCGAUUCCAGCAUCCAGAAUGGUUCAGUGACCUUUGUUGCCUUUACCUCGGCUUUCCCUGGCGGCUUCAACUUCAUCUCGGACUUCAUCAUCUCGGAGGGCGACAACGUCACGAUGAGCAUCACCGCGACAAACGCGACGUCUAGCACGACAGUCUUUACCAACCAGAGCACGAACCAGACCAUCACCGAGGCCAUCACUUCCGGCCCUCUGUGCUUGGCAGAAGCAGACUUUCUCAUAGAUUCAUUCGAUCCGACCCCCAUUACCGACUUUGGUACGAUCAACAUCACUGGUGCAUCUGCCGAGACCCCUUCAGGUUCUCUCGGCCUCCUUGGCGCAACCAUUUUCGACCUACAGCAGAACGGCACUACUCUUACUUCCGUCACGAUCUCGAACUCGAGCGUCCAGAUCACAUUCCUCUAA